AACUAAUUAGUACUCACUUGGAUACAAUACCACAGUCUUUUGUCUCUUGAGUAAGUGAAAAACUGGGCAUGAAGAAUCAGCAGGGAAAAAAAAAAAAAAAAGACAAAAGAGAUUAUCCCCAUAUAUUGAAGAAAUUUUCCCUGGCAAAAGCAGCUAAACAUCUCACAGAUAAGAGAUAAAUUGGAAUAAACAGCUGUCAGUGUUAAAUAAAUAUCCUGGAUAAUGUGCAGGACAGAAAUAACUACAGCAUCGUCAAACUCCUUUCUUCACUUUAUUUAGCUGUUCGCGCAUGUAGCUCCCAAUCUUUGCACAGCUUCAGUUAGUGGAGCAUUUAUUUUUGAAUCAGCUGCAUUUGUUAAGACUGUAACAACGAAAGGCAUUUCCUGAGAAGCUACAAGGAUGAGCUGCAAGAAAGAACAACAGCUAAGGAAAUACGGGACCCUAGUAGUGCUUUUCAUCUUCCAAGUUCAGAUUUUUGGUUUUGAUGUUGACAAUCGACCUACAACAGAUAUCUGCUCGACACACACAAUUUUACCUGGACCAAAAGGGGAUGAAGGUGAAAAAGGAGAUAGAGGAGAAGUGGGCAAACAAGGAAAAGUUGGACCAAAAGGACCUAAAGGAAACAAAGGAACUGUGGGGGAUGUCGGUGACCAGGGAAUGCUUGGGAAAAUUGGUCCUAUUGGUGGAAAGGGUGACAAAGGAGCCAAAGGCUUAUCAGGGGUGUCUGGAAAAAAGGGAAAAGCAGAUAAACCCUCUGUCCUUUGCAUUGCAACAGGCACGGUCUGUGACUGUGGAAGAUACCGCAGAGUUGUUGGACAACUGAAUAUCAAUGUUGCUCGGCUCAACACAUCCAUCAAGUUUGUAAAGAAUGUUAUAGCAGGCAUCAGGGAGACAGAUGAGAAAUUCUACUACAUUGUCAAAGAAGAGAAGAAUUACAGAGAAGCCCUGAUCCACUGCAGGGACAGAGGAGGAACACUUGCCAUGCCUAAGGAUGAGGCAACCAACGCCCUUCUUGCUGACUACAUCUCCACGAGCGGCCUCUUCCGAGCCUUCAUUGGGAUGAACGACAUGGAAAAAGAAGGGCAGUUUGUGUAUGCAGACAGCAGCCCGCUGCAGAACUACAGUAACUGGAAGGAGGGGGAGCCUCACGACUCCACUGGCAGCCAGGACUGCGUGGAAAUGCUCAGCACGGGGGAGUGGAAUGACUCUGAGUGCCAAGUCACCAUCUACUUCAUCUGUGAAUUCCUCAAGAAGAGAAAAUAAAUGUGCCACAAAAGACAUCUGGCACCUUCUGUACAUGCCGUAACUCCUCCUCAUUCGUCCACUGUAGCGAAAGCAGACAAAGAGGGAUAAGUCUCCCUCCAGCCUUCACUUCACCGGGUUAAAAAAUAACUACUGCUAGACGGCAGUGACCAUAAAGUCAGCUCAGGUCUCCAAGUCACCAGCUGUGAAUUUUUAAUUCAUUUUUAAGUGUAAAUUGGGGUGGUUGGGCAAAUUUAGAGUACACAACGGUGAACAUAAUCUCACUAAUGCAGGGGAGGACUCACUUAUCUCUGCUUCCAACUCAGCACGGGAGAGUGGUAGAGUGGAGAGCACCCAUCCUGUUGGGCUGAGGUGUGAGAAACAAACUUACCAAUGGCACUUCUGUCUGCAAGUCUGUGCAGCUUGUAUGCAACCUGGGAAUAGAUGGAGAUGGGGCACUUCUAGCCUCUGAUGCCCCCCAAAAGCUGUGCAAGAAUCUACAAAAAAAAAUAGAGUACAGAAAAGAGUAUAAAGGAAGCAAAUCCAUUGCUGUAGGCUGUAAACAAGCACAUGUAGUUUCUUUUAUACCAACGUGCACUGCUGGUUUAACAAGUGAUUGUAAGAACAUAUAAACACCCUCCCUCAGUAGCCAGAAAUGUUUGGUGUCUAAUGCUAAAAUUACAUGUGCCUUUGUGACAAAGGAAGCAGCUAUAAAACGUGCUUUAUCCUCCAAGAACCCAGAUUCAGGUCUGGUUGAGCAACCUUAGUCAUCACUUCAGUGGGACUCUCCACAAAGAAUGAGCAGUAAGUCCAUGUUUUGAUGUCACAACCUGGCUCCUGAGUUAUCCAUGUCAGUAUACCCAUAAUGGAUCGGAUUUUCAUAUCUUUGCUAAUACCAAAGGAUCACUUUCCUUCAACUAUUGGAAAAGCCACACUCAUGUGGCUUCUUCUAAAGCAUUUCCAGGACUGUUCUUAAGUCCAGGAUGCUCCUGAGACACAGCACUCAUUUUGCCUUCAGAAUAGAGCCUGUUCAUUCUUAGUCUUUCCUCAGGCUGCUUAAAAGUCUCUCCUUUCCUCACAGCAGGAGAUGCCAGGAGACAAUCCAGGGCCUCUGCAAGGUCUAAAGAUUUUCUUUCCCGCUUGAGACUGAAAAGGAGAGAAUGCUACCUGGAGGCUGAGGAGAACACUGGGCACCACUCCGUGCAGAAGUGUACCCUGCAGGUCACUCUUGGCACCAGUUACACAUAGUGUCCUUCUGGGUAUAUGAAGAGCUGUAUGAGAAGGCAGUCCCAUCAAGUAGGAAUGCAGGUCAGCUCUAAGGCUCCCUCCUACUGGUGUGUGCAGCACUGCAAAGGCAAGUAGACAACAGUCGUAUGUAGUCAAUCUCGUCUUCAGCAGGAAAAUCCUCCAAACCAUUCACCUAGCUGGUAGUUUGACUGCAAGCUCAUCUCUGAGCAAUGACCAACACAGGAGCUACUUGUUCCUCCAGAAAACCAUUUAUGGCUACCAGCAGUAAAUUAUCUGUGCUGCUACACACCCUCCAGAGAACUAUUCAGCCCCAUGAAUGCAGGGGCGGGACCACAUUUCUUCUGACUGCUCCCCUGUUAUGCUGUGAGAGCAUUUGGGCAAACAGGUUCACUUAGCACAAUGCACCUCAUCCUGAACUGUUCCCUUCCUGAGAACUGACAUCCCUAGCACCAAGCAGAAUUACACUUUUUAGGAUCUAUAGUAAUAAACUCACUAAACUAAA